AUGGCCCCAGUCAAGAAAUCAUCCUCGAAGACGACUCCCCGCUCUGCACGCGCGCCACGCAAGCGCGCAUCACGGUCGGAGCGCGUGCGCGCAUCCAGAGCGCCGCCCAACAUCGCGCCCAAGGAGCCCGUCGUGUACAACUCGCCGUACGCGUACGCGUACGCGGUGGCGGAUCCGGCGGUGUCCCCGUUCACGUUCGACAACAUAAUGGUGGCGACCACGAGCGAGGACACCGCCGUGAGCUUCCUAUUGCGUCACGGCCUCCUCGCCUCCUCUAAGACAUGCGAGUACUGCGACUAUCCCAUGAACCUGUGCGUCUACAAACGCGGCACGGAGGACGAGGACCGCCGCUGGCGAUGCCGCCGUAGCGGCCACCCGGACAAGGAGCUCAGCCUGAAGAAAGGCUCCUUCUUCGACGGCACCAAGCGAGCGUACCGCACUGUGCUGCGCCUGAUGUUCUUCUGGGCGUCGGACAUCCCCGUCGGAACCGCGGAGCAGUUCCUGGGCAUCUCAGACGUCACGGCGAUCGACUGGUACGGCUUCUGCCGCGACAUCUGCUCCGCCGAUAUGCUGCAGUGCAGCAUGAUGAUCGGCGGCGUGGGCCACACCCAGCACGAGGACUACUGGCUCUUCGGCGGUGUCGAUCGGGCCACGGGGCGGUGGUUCGGCAUCGUCACCGGCCCCGACCGCAAAAAGAAGACGCUGUCUCCUCUCAUCGGUAAGCAUAUCAUGGCCGGGUCGACCAUCAUCUCCGACCAGUUCUCCUCGUAUGUUUCUGUCAACGGGAAGCAUACGUUGGAGAACAACAAGUGGCUAAAGGGCAAGAACUACACCCACAAGUGGGUCAACCACGACAAGUUCUUUGUGGACCCCAAGACGGGGGGCCAUACGAACCGCAUUAAAGGGACGUGGGAAGUGCGCGUGAAGCGCUACAUCAAGGCUAUGCGCGGUGUCCCCAAGGAGCGCCUGGACCAGUACCUGGACAUGUACCUGUGGAAGUCCUGGUACUUCAACGGCACUGUCCCGAAGUGCCAGUACCUUGACGGCCUCGUGCAGGGCAUCCGCAAACACUACCCAGUUUAG